UGAGCGUGCGCCUUUACUUCCUCAACACCGCCAGUCACUGAAACUCGUCCGGACUUGUUGGGAGAAGUAAAUCAGUGCCUUGGAACAGUCCCAAUGGCAGAGUGGAACGCCUACUACCACAAUGAGGACGAGGAUGAAGAGCAGGAGGAAGGAGAGCAAUCUGGAGAGUAUUACAAACUCACAGGGAGAGACAGUUUGGUCUUCUUGGUCGAUGCUUCCAGGGAAAUGUUUGUUAAAGGUGAAGACGGAGAGCCAUCUAACUUUGACAUGACUAUGGAGGCCGUGCGCAGUGUGUACACCAGUAAGAUCAUUAGCAGUGACAGGGACCUGGUGGCUCUGGUUUUCUACGGCACAGAACAAAGCAAAAACCCCAAGGACUCGUUCAAGCACGUCUAUGUGUACCAUGACCUCGAUGAACCUGGUGCAAAGCGAGUGCAGGAUGUGGACGCUCUGCGUGGUGAAAAGGGCGCCCAGUUAGCAGCUGAGACCAUGGGCAGCGGAGAGACAUCAUUAGGCGACGCCCUGUGGUGCUGCGCCAACCUGUACAGUGACAUCAAGCUUCGUCUCUCACACAAGAGGCUCAUGAUCUUCACCUGCAGGGAUGAACCACAUGGUGGCGACAGCGUGAAGGACCGACAGGCUCGCACAAAAGCCAGUGACCUCAAAGAGACAGGUGUUGUGAUUGAUUUGAUGCACCUGAUGAAACCUGGCGGCUUCGAUGUUGCUCGGUUCUUCUGUGACGUUGUCAGUCCACCAGAGGAUGAGAGUGAGCUGGGGUUGCAGAUGGAGCCCUGUGGCAAACUGGAGGACCUCAAGAAGAGGGUGCGGGCCAAAGAGCAGAAGAAGAGAACCAUGGCAAGAUUAAACCUGAUUCUGGGUGAGGGUUUGAAUGUUGCCGUGGGACUUUAUGCAACUGCUGUGAAGGCCACAAAACCUGGUUCCAUCAAACUGUACAGGGAAACCAACGAGCAAGUCCGCAGCAAAACCCGCACAUUCCACACUCAGACUGGCAGCCUGCUGCUGCCAAGUGAGAUUAAGAAAGCACAGAUUUAUGGUAAAAAGAUGAUAGUGCUGGAGAGGGAUGAAGUGGACACCAUCAAGAGGUUUGAUGACCCCGGAUUGUUACUCAUUGGAUUCAAACCAAUGGAGAAACUGAAACUGCACCAUCAUAUCCGGCCUGCCAUCUUCAUCUAUCCUGAGGAAAAUGAGAUUAAAGGCAGUGCAUGCCUGUUCUCCGCUCUGCUGACGAAGUGUAGGGAGAAGAACGUGUUCGCUCUGUGCCGCUGCAUCUCCCGCCGAAACUACCCUCCGCGAUUUGUUGCCCUAGUGCCUCAGAAAGAGGAGAUGGAUGAGGGACGAGUACAGAUCACACCACCAGGUUUCAACGCCUUCUCCCUGCCGUACGCCGACGACCUGCGAACACUCGAUCCUCCCCAGUGUCCUCGCGCCUCACAGCCACAGGUGGACAUGAUGAAACAAAUUGUCUCCAAACUCCGCUUCAAAUACAGGAGCGAAGCGUUUGAGAACCCGGUCAUCCAGCAGCAUUACAGGAACCUGGAGGCCUUGGCUCUGGAUAUGGUUGCUCCAGAAGAGACAGACGACCUCAUCAUGCCAAAGGUGGAACAGAUCGACCAACGUCUGGGUCCUUUGGUCCAGGACUUUAAAGACCUGGUCUACCCUGCCUACUACAACCCGGACAACAAACCUGCUGCCAAACGCAAAACAGCAGAUUCAGGAGGCGGAGCUGAAAAGAAGCCGAAAGUGGAGGUGUCGGAAGACGAGCUGAAGGCCCGUGUGCAGAACGGCACUUUGGGAAAACUGACAGUGUCGGUGCUGAAGGAGGCCUGCAAACAAUUUGGGAUUCGGACAACAGGGACCAAGAAACAGGAACUCAUUGACGCUGUUACUGGCCAUCUGGGUUCAUGAAGGAAGUCUGAGACCUUCAGCCACGCACUAAAUGUUGUGAUCUAAAGGGCUUUAAAGGUCGGAAGUGUGUGAUCACUUUAAAAUAAAAAGUGUUCUAUUUUCGUA